GGGGAGAGGGAAUACCUUCUGAGCUGACUGUUAUCUCACUGACGUCCUUUUAUAAACAAACAGCACGCUUUAUUGACACUUAUUUUUUGGCGUAACUUCAUCAGAGACGUCAGCUGCGCGAGGAGACGUGCGCGACUUAAAAGAGCGAGUGACAAGCUUUCUGUAAACAAACAGGAGACGUGCAGGACAAGCUGCAGCACGGCCGACUGCUGAGCGAUUUCACGCGUCGAUUAUUUGGAAGCACAGGCUGCUUUGAGACAAUCAAACUGAAAGCGUACAGCGAGUGUUUGACAAGCCUUGGCAAUCUAAGGGGCACCAAUGGCCCACCGUGUGCACAACCACCACCAGGGCCGCCUCCCUGUGGCCCAGACCACUGUGCUGAGCCUCCCACCGUCCAGCCAGGCAAAGGACCUAAGGCCCAGAUUGACUCCUCUGGACUCUCUGUUGUGUGGUGCAUUCGCUGGAGCUGUGGCAAAAACAGUCAUUGCACCUCUGGACCGCACCAAGAUAAUUUUUCAAGUGUCCUCAAAGAGAUUCUCAGCAAAGGAGGCCUUCAGGGUGAUCUACUGUACGUACAUGAAGGAUGGAUUUCUCAGUCUGUGGAGGGGGAACUCUGCCACCAUGGUCAGGGUCAUGCCCUAUGCUGCCAUCCAGUUUUGUUCACAUGAACAGUACAAGAAACUGCUGGGGGGCUACUACGGCUUCCAGGGCAAAGCACUGCCUCCUUUCCCACGGUUACUGGCGGGCUCACUGGCCGGUACGACCGCCGCCAUGCUAACUUACCCUUUGGACAUGGUCCGAGCCAGGAUGGCCGUCACCGCCAAAGAAAUGUACAGUAACAUAAUGCAUGUCUUUGUUCGCAUCUCCCAAGAGGAAGGUGUGAAGACACUGUACAAAGGUUUCACACCCACCAUCUUGGGUGUUAUCCCAUAUGCAGGGAUCACAUUUUUCACCUAUGAAACCCUCAAAAAACUCCACUCAGAUAAGACGAAGCGAUCUCAGCCUUACCCUCACGAGCGUUUGGCGUUUGGAGCCUGCGGGGGCCUGAUUGGACAGACGGCCUCAUACCCUCUGGACGUGGUGCGUCGGCGCAUGCAGACAGCUGGUGUAACCGGCUCCUCUUACGUUACAAUUCUGGGGACCAUGCGUGAGAUUGUGAAGCAAGAAGGCAUCAGGCGUGGACUGUACAAAGGCCUGAGCAUGAACUGGGUGAAAGGGCCCAUCGCAGUGGGAAUUAGCUUCACCACAUUUGACAUCACGCACAACCUUCUGCUGAAGCUGCACCAGAUGGGCUACUCCAUCCACUGAGUCAACCGGGAGCCAAAAAAAUCGGUGACAGAGGGAAAAUACAGAUGAGACCAGCACAAGGAAAGGGAGCCGAGCCCGUCUUAUGGCAGUGACAAGUCUCUGCUCUGUGCAGGACCAUCCCACAGCACACCCCUGUUUCCCUAAGAGAGUAUGUCGGAGGCGUGAAUGAACUGACAGGGGAUCUGUUCCGCAAGAAACACAUUAUCACAAACUUGGCUUGAUGCAAAGUGAUCACUAACUUUGCACUUUUGCACAUUUGGGCACUCAAAAAUAAUUUUUUUACUAUCGUUGAAGUGAUCAGAACAUGUCUGAGAAAACAUGACAUGGUACCGCUAAAAUGAUAGAUGGCGAAGGACAGCUUUGUAAAUGAUGAGUUAAAUCGCACUUUAUCAGAAUUUUCCUCCAGAUGAUCCUACAUUAUCACAAACCAAUCAGUUGUUUUUUUUACGAGCUUCCUUUUUUACAAGAAAAAUUCUUUUAAAGUUUUUUUUUAUUAUUAUGGCAAAGAGUGUGAUGGUGCUGGGUAUUGGUAUGCAACUAAAGAGUGGUUAAGCAGGUUCAUAUUCUUUGAUGGUGCCAGUGUGGAUUUUAUUUUCCAUUGAAAGGAAAAGAAUUGUUGGACUUAGAAUAUUGCAGCUCUACUGCAUAUUUUCACUUAAUUAUGAUACCAUCCAUCCAAUCCAUCCAUCCAGCACUGUGGUGCUCCAUCUGUAUCUUACCUAAUCAUUUUAUAGAUGAUACAAUCAAACAUGUUACAACCAAAAACGUAUGACUAUGAAUGACUUUAGUCUGUAUGCAAUAUUUCUUUGUUGGCAUUGUUGUACAGAUUUUCUCAUUGCCAUCACUUGAUUGUAUGGCGUGUCUUUGUUUUUAAGUCAUAAUUUUCAUGUCUUUGAUGGAGAAAUCAAAUUUUUUUUGCCACAUUUCAGAGGGGAAAUUUGCCCAAAGAUGUCUACAGUAUGUUGACUGUGCAAUAAAUUGUUUAUUCGUAACAUUGA